CCUGCGUGGCGUUCAUGCGCGCCAACUCGCUGAUCACCAUCGGCGUCGGUUUCGUCGCCUUCUCGGUGCUCAGCGUGCUGCGCGGCAUGGCGAACACCGUGCACGACGAGGUGGUUUCGCUGACGCGGCUCUACGACAAAUACUACCGCCGGGUGGCGCACGGCGCACGCAAGUCCCUGGCGCAGAGGGAGGCGCUGGCGCAGGUACGCGCCGCCAGAGACCAUCUCGUCAAGCGACACGCGCAGCACGGGCGCAAGUAUUCUGUCAGCCGGAUGAUGCGGAGAGCAAGUUGGCGUCCAUCUCCGGCCUACGACCACAUGUUCGGCCGUCGAGAUUCGCAGUACUACGGCGCCCUUCCACGGCCUAAGCCCAGCGCUUGAAUUGGUCUAUAAUCGACCCGUGUUUU